AUGUCACAGUCAGUGACAGUCGGCGACUUUCAGAACAGUUGCGCAACCGGCACAACGCUGUGCUGUAUGGGAAUGAAUCUUGGAUUGCCCUGUCGCCACUACUUCCAGGUCUUGAGUGCCAUCCAGACUCUCAAAUUUAACUUGGGGGUGAUCCGUGCUAGAUUUGCGAAACAUACCAGCUGUAGAGGCACGGGAGGCCCAAUUCCGAAGGCCAGAGGCAGACCUUCCAUCCUCACAACAGACCCCAAUCGUCUCUGCGAAUCCUCUGGAGCCAAAACACCUUCCUCCAUCAUCCAUGCCGGCUGUUCCUCAAACACAGACAGUUCCCGCUCGCACAGUCUUUCACGAAGCAACGGCAGCAUUGGGCCCACUGAUGAAUGGUGUCCAAACCCAAGAGCAAUUGAAUACGCUGUUGGCUGACCUUGAGGAGCUCCGUUCCUCGCGUCGACGUGAGGCUGAAAAUGAUGACGUCCGUGAGCCGCCGAUCCUCAAUCCAAAGGGCAGGCCACGUGAACGGAGAAUAACAGGCGCUACCGAAGGACGACCGCAAGGAGGAGGGGCAAGGGCACAGCCAAAGGCGGUGCAAACGCGAAAAUGCGGCGUAUGUGGGCAAUCGAGUACGUGUCUCUCAACUCCAUCCGGCCCUCUUCUUGUUGACGAUUCAUCCAGUGCCGCUCAAGUCUCUUACAGACGCAUACCGGUCACCGUCCAUGAUGUCUCCCUUUGUGACGUGAUCUCAAGCAGCAUGUACACUUCCCGUCAACGCGAGGACUGGGGGACGAGUCCAGAAGAUUGCGUCACGGAUUUGUACGUACCGUACCAUCCCCUCGGACUCGAUUCACGCACGCCAGGGAUAGGCUCCGGUCUCUACGACGAUGUGCUGAGGACGACUUGCGGCAGAAAUGAGAUUUUGAUGAGGUGCAGAGAAGAGGGUAGUUGUGCAGGAACAGGAUCAAGGCCAGCGUUCUAUCGCAGGCUCAAUGACGUGGCAACCCCAAGCCUCAUGUUUACACAAGCGAGCCCACCGUUCCCAACGGCGUCCUCAACCACCAUCGAUUCCGCCAACUCUGCGUCUAUAAUCUCUCCACCAUUCGUGCUCCUCCGAUACAAGCUCAACUUUCAUAUCCGCCUUUCCAGGAACUCAAACCUGUUUAGCUCCUGCCCAGCUCCUGCUCUCGAAACUCGGUUUAUUCAAACGAUGCCGGUUUCUAUGGGUCUCAAAAACCUUGCCUUGAACCGUCAGAAGCCCAUACUUGUGCAACCCCUUUCUACGCGUCAACCUCUUUCAAGUGACUUGGGAUCAAAGAAGACAGAGACGCGGUUCUGGUGGCCACGUUUUGGCUUUCAUAGGCGUCUUGUCGCUGAGGUUCAAGGUAUGUUCCCUCUAUCACCGACUUUCUUCAAAGCUCCUGAUCAUGCAUCUUACAGUUCACCUUGCAUGGAAUACAUCAACUCACGCAUUCUAGCACGACGAUAUAAACAACGUCUUGUAAGACACCUGUACUUCCAGAACCGACGCCGAGGGCGGUUCAUGAGCCCAUUGAAACUCCAGCCAGUUCAUGCUCUGCGUUGA